UUUAGAAUUAAAAUUAUUUGAUAGCAAUGUCGAAGCAUAACCACAACCCUAUUCCUCAAGACUCUGAGACUAUUAACGACAUGUUCAACAAAGGACAGAACCCCCAUUCAAAAGCGAUGACAAUCGAACCAAAGCUAAGAGAAGGUAGAGAUUAUCAGUCAACUGCCAACAAAGACCUUAAACAUGACAUGAGCAAAAACUCAUAUAAUGAUUAUCAUCAAAAUGUGAUGAAAAAGCCAGGCUCUUCAGUAUCCAAAAAGAGCAGGACAUCAAGCUUGAAUUUUAAAAGGAGCUUAAAUGCUCAAUCCCGGAGUAUUCUAAAUAAAGAUAAAAAGAAUCUCAUCAAGGAAGGUCUUGAAGACAUAGAUCAUGAAAUGCAUUAUAUUGAUGAGAACAUUCCUGAAGAUGCACUUGAGGAGGAUGAAGAACUUGAUGGUUUAAUAAACUCUAACAAACUUCUUCGUGAAAAAGUCCACCACAUCUCUGAUAUAGUCCUAAGCGCUGUAGAGAAGGCUACAUCCCUCCGCAAACAAAUUAUUACUCAUAGGAACCAACCAGACGAUGAAGAACUUAAGAGCAAACUGAAGGAGAUAAAUAAAUAUCAAAAAGCUAUAAUGAAGAUAAAAUACCCUCGUAAAUAAAGAAGACUAUAAAGAAAAAGAAAUCAGAGAUCAAAUGAAGAUUCUCACUCAAGAGAUCCAAGAGUUAGAGGAAAAGCAGAUUCAAUUCUUUAAGAAGCAGAACAAUACUAAGAACAGAGCUUAUGAAGAACUUGUAAGAGGAAACCAGGAAAAAUAACCUAAGAGUGGUCACACUUAAAAGUAGUUUACAGCAAGAAAAAGAAAUAGUUACUCAAUUAGAACAAGAAUGUAAGCAGAGUGAAGCUGAAUACAAUGUCGGAAUGAAACAGUUAAUGACUAUUAAUUCACAAUGCAGAGCUGUUGUAGAAAAGAGAAUGGCCCUUAAAAAUGGCAAAGUUAAACCAGAUGAAUCAGAGGUAGCAAAAGAAGACAGAAUGAUUGCAGAUAUUCAGAAAAAGAAAAUUAUAAAAAGAAUAGCUAAAAAUAAACUUACCCAAUUUAAGAUGAAGGUAAAAGCCCAAAAAGAUAAGAAUCGAGAUAUUGAUAAAGAGAUUAUGGAAAUUAAGGAAGCUAUUCAAGAAAAGAUAGAAAAGAAUGAACAGAUGAGCAAGAGAGUUAAAGAAUUAAAGGGAAUGUUCAUGCAAAGACCGAAUGAUACAACAAUAUCUAAUACAAGAGCUCCACCUUCUCCAGAUCACACAGGAAAGCUCUAAGAGAAUUUUUCAAUUGGUUUAAUAAAA